AUGGAGCUUGGAGAUGUCCGGUCAAUAGAGGAAGUUGUUUUGCAAGGUGCACGAUUAUGCAUACGUCGACAUCAAGCUGUUUUGCCUGUUGAUAUCCAUUUCUUUCUACUCUCCUUUGAUUCGCUGAUACGGUUAAACGAAAGGCAGACUUUGACUAUUGGCUUGGAAAUGGAAUCGAUGAAGGAUACAAGCAGUCGUUUGGCACAAAAGCUCCAUGAUUUACGACGAGGUUAUCAGAAGAAGUCAAGAAAGAAACAAGGCAAGAAGAGUCAGAAGAGGUCAUCGACUUCAAUUCAGCACCAUGUACAGGGAAACAAGGGAAUUGGAGUCACUGGAACUGGUCCACCACUAUACGACAUUCCUGGGGAAGAAGGUGUUCGACGACGUGGAUUCCGAGAGUGCUUGACAUCAUCACCUGGAAGUAGCAUCCCUUUGUAA